AUGUUGCAUCAGUGUAUCCAGGUCACGCUCGUUCUACUUGUGGCGGUCCUCGUCUCCACGACCUUGACGUCAGCAGACAACACCAGGUCAUCCCCGGGUCGACUUCAUGUCACAGAGUGUGACACCAUCGCCAGAGUCUCCCACGUCUGCUACCAGUGCAGCAGGAGACACGAGACUGAGUUCAACUAUAUCUACUUUAACUGCUGCAUGGGUGACGCAACCAUUCGGGAAUACUGCGAUGCCAUCUACACAGAAGCACCUAAACGGGGCGGUCUGCAUGUGCGUUAA